CUUCUAAUUACAGAUCAGCCUGAGUUCCUUACCCACCCACGAAAUCAGACAAAGACAGAAGGAGAGAAUGUGACUUUUACCUGUGAUGCAGAUGGAAAUCCUACACCCACAUUCUCAUGGACGAGAGACGGUUCUGUUGUGAAUACGACUUCAAGAAUCACUUUUAACGCAGAUAAAAAGCAGUUAACUAUAACNUUCGUAUACCUAAAGCCUGAAAAACGAGCCCCUUUCUUUCCCUUCCGCGCGCCGGUUACACAGAUUGCUCAGCGACAAAUAAUUAAUCGUCAUUCUCUGCUAUCAAGUGUUUUAAGACUUACUAACUCCACAGAGUAUGGAUGCUUUUUACUCACUACAGUGACAUCCUAAGAGCUCACGUAAUCUGCGCCAUGAGACGAACUAAAGUCAACAUAAGACUAUUUAAGAUUCAUUCAGCGUUUGGUAUUUUCCAUUAUUUUCUACUUUAAUCGCAUUGUCUUCUAAUUACAGAUCAGCCUGAGUUCCUUACCCACCCACGAAAUCAGACAAAGACAGAAGGAGAGAAUGUGACUUUUACCUGUGAUGCAGAUGGAAAUCCUACACCCACAUUCUCAUGGACGAGAGACGGUUCUGUUGUGAAUACGACUUCAAGAAUCACUUUUAACGCAGAUAAAAAGCAGUUAACUAUAACGAAUGUGGACAGAGAAGACAGCGGAGAAUACAUCUGUGUGGCUACGAAUGAUGUUAACAAAGUUCAAUCCAACUCUUCCAUAUUAAAUGUACAAUGUAAGGAUACUUUUGCUUGAUUUUUAAACAUGAUAGAUAGUUAGAUGAGGUUUUUACGAGAUAUUCUUUACCUUCGCUUUCCAUUUUCAUUUUAUUCUCAGGUGUUUUUCUCCUUUCCCUUUUUUUAGCCUAACUAUGAUUAAUACGAUUAUCUAAUAUAUUUUAAGAUUUACUGUAGCUCAGUCAUCAAUUUUUGCAGGUAUAAUUCUGUUAAUAUUUUGUAAUAAUGAUUUAAAAAUUUUACAGAAGGAGCCCAUUCCUUAUAAGCCCAGUGGCUUCCCUUGGGCUUCCUCCCCAUUUAUUAAAGGUUUCUCAUCAAAACCGCAACGCAGCAUUACAACAUUGUUACGACAUUGUUUCGAAUGGUUGCAACAUUGUUCCAACAUUUCUAAGCUGUGUGCGCUCAAAAUCGUCGUUGCGAGUCGUCUCGAGUAACAUCACCUUUAGACCAUUCCAUCUGAGGGAUUUUGCAUAACAGGAUUUUCUUUACAUAUCAGACUAGUAAUAACCAAAGGUUACGGAGUGCGGGCGACAACAAUCGAAGGUCAAAACCCUUUUUGCUCCAGCGCUGUGCUUUGCAUAAUUUUCACGUGAGGAAUGGUCAAAACACGCGUGAUCUGAUUACGAGUGAUAAAAGGUACAAGCGCGCGUGAUCCAAGUGCGUUCUUUGCAUUCCAUACAUUCUUAGUGGAAAUCCAAACGAAUGCUGGCCCCAUACAUGCGACGCAUGGGUAAUAACAAGUUCAAGUAAUCUGCGCCAUGAAGCGCACAACAGCCAUAAAAAAGACUAUUAAAGAUUCAUUCAGCGUUUGGUAUUUUCCCUUAUUUUCUACUUUAAUCGCAUUGCCUUCUAAUUACAGAUCAGCCUGAGUUCCUUACCCAUCCACGAAAUGAGACAAAGACAGAAGGGGAGAAUGUGACUUUUACCUGUGAUGCAGAUGGAAAUCCUACACCCACAUUCUCAUGGACGAGAGACGGUUCUGUUGUGAAUACGACUUCAAGAAUCACUUUUAACGCAGAUAAAAAGCAGUUAACUAUAACGAAUGUGAACAGAGAACACAGCGGAGAAUACAUCUGUGUGGCUACGAAUGAUGUCAACAAAGUUCAAUCCAACUCUUCCACAUUAANCAUAAAAAAGACUAUUAAAGAUUCAUUCAGCGUUUGGUAUUUUCCCUUAUUUUCUACUUUAAUCGCAUUGCCUUCUAAUUACAGAUCAGCCUGAGUUCCUUACCCAUCCACGAAAUGAGACAAAGACAGAAGGGGAGAAUGUGACUUUUACCUGUGAUGCAGAUGGAAAUCCUACACCCACAUUCUCAUGGACGAGAGACGGUUCUGUUGUGAAUACGACUUCAAGAAUCACUUUUAACGCAGAUAAAAAGCAGUUAACUAUAACGAAUGUGAACAGAGAACACAGCGGAGAAUACAUCUGUGUGGCUACGAAUGAUGUCAACAAAGUUCAAUCCAACUCUUCCACAUUAACUGUACAAUGUAAGGAUACUUUUGCUUGAUUUUUAAACAUGAUGGAUAGUUAGAUGAGGUUUUUACGAGAUAUUCUUUACCUCUGCUUUUCAUUUGCAUUUUUUUUUCUAAGGUGUUUUUUUUUCUUUUCGCUUUUUUUAGCCUAACUAUUAUUAAUACGAUCAUCUAACAUAUUUUAUUAUUAUUCCUUCAAAAUAUAUUCCCGUUUUUGAUUGGUUAAAACCACACGCAUAAUUCACCAUAACCAGCUGCUGUUGAUCAAAUUUGGAAAGAAUUUUGUCAUAUUGAUGAAGUCAAAAUGGCGUCAAAAGUGCAACCUGAUUGCAGGUUAUUAUACCGUUGACCGAUAAAACCUGGGGACGAGGCUAAGUGGUUUUGGUAGUUAAAACAAAAUGGCGGCUCGUUUCACGACGAAAUAUUGUCUAAAAACAUCGCAACAACAGCAAGAAGACAACUAGACGGACAACAUCUGCUAUUUGAAGUAUAUUUGCUGACCUGAGCAGACCUUAAUCUUCUAAACUUCCCGAUAAAGAUGCAUUAUCGAUAUGAACUUACAUCGACCGAGGUUACCAUGUUUUAGCUUGUUUUUAAACUUGGAAUUAUUUUGAAGGAACAGUAAAAAAAUUAUUAAAUUCGCCUUUCGUUGAAUAUGAAGAAUUUUGCACAUCUCGGAGGGUGUACUGAUCCACCUCGUCCUUCGGCCUCAGUGGAUAACACCCUCCUCGAUCUGCAGAAUUCUUCAUAUCCUACUCAGCCUCAUUCAAUGAUUGCUAAAGAUUUACUGUAGCUCUGUCAUAGACCUUUGCAGGUAUAAUUCUGUUAAUAUUUUGCUAAUGAUGAUUUUACAAAAUGUUACUAAAGGACCCCAUUCCGUUUAAGCCCAGUGGCUUCCCUUGGACUUCCUCGCCAUUAGCUUUUUAAACACUUAGAUUUCUUGUUUCUUGGUACAUCAUUAUGGCAAAACAAUAAACUGAACUGAACUGAACUGAUCACCAGGAUCACAUCGCAAACCGGAGAAGAAAACAGCAAAGCAGCCAGCAGCAAGGGGCGUGGCGUUCAUACAAAACCGUUGUAUUUUUUAAACCAAGCUGGAGGAAACUCGCAACCCAACAUUACGACAUUGUCGCGACAUUGUGUCAAAUGGUUGCAAUAUUGUUCCAACAUUGCUACGCUCUGAUGCACUCAAAAUCGUCUUUGCGAUUGGUCUCGCAUAACAUCACCUUAAGACCAUUCCAACUCGGGGAUUGUGCAUAACAGGAUUUUCUUUACAUAUUAGACUAGUAAUAACGAAAGGUUACUGAGUGCGGGCGACAACGCUCCAAGGUCAAAACUUUUUUGCUCCAGCGCUGUGCUUUGCGAAAGUUUCACGUGAGAGAUAGUCAAAACACGCGUGAUCAGAUUACGAGCGAUAAAAGGUACAAACGUGCGUGAUCAAAGUGCGUUCUGUGCAUUCCAUACAUGCUUAGUUGAAGUACAAACGAAUGCUGGCUACAUACACUUUAAUCGCAUUGCCUUCUAAUUACAGAUCAGCCUGAGUUCCUUACCCAUCCACGAAAUGAGACAAAGACAGAAGGGGAGAGUGUGACUUUUACCUGUGAUGCAGAUGGAAAUCCUACACCCACAUUCUCAUGGACGAAAGACGGUUCUGUUGUGAAUACGACUUCAAGAAUCACUUUUAACGCAGAUAAAAAGCAGUUAACUAUAACGAAUGUGGACAGAGAAGACAGCGGAGAAUACAUCUGUAUGGCUACGAAUGAUGUCAACAAAGUUCAAUCCAACUCUUCCACAUUAACUGUACAAUGUAAGGAUACUUUUGCUUGA